AAUAUGGUGAGGGUGAUCUCGAAGCUUCCGCGAGAGGCUCUUUUUUUAUUUUAGGGAAGGUACUGCUCGUCUUCUGUUUCACAUUCAGUCGUACUGUCGUCGGCAAGCGUUGCACGUGGGAACUACUCAGACAAACUUACUUUAAAUCAAUUAAAAAAUGUAUCGGCUACCAAGUCUUCUGAGAACAGCAGCUCUUCGUCAAAUUGCUCCCCAAUCUUACAGAGCUUAUGCUAAAGAUGUGCGUUUUGGAGCCGAAGUAAGAGCAGCCAUGUUGCAAGGAGUAGAUGUCCUAGCUGAUGCUGUCGCAGUCACCAUGGGACCAAAGGGACGUAAUGUUAUUCUGGAAUCCUCAUGGGGUUCACCUAAAAUCACAAAGGACGGUGUUACUGUGGCAAAAGGCAUUGAAUUAAAAGACAAAUUCCAAAAUAUUGGGGCCAAACUAGUUCAGGAUGUUGCAAACAAUACUAAUGAAUCUGCUGGUGAUGGUACCACUGCAGCUACAGUCUUGGCACGAUCUAUUGCUAAGGAAGGUUUUGAAAAGAUUACUAAGGGUGCUAACCCUGUUGAAGUUCGCCGUGGUGUUAUGCUUGCUGUUGAUUCAGUGAUUGGUAACUUGCGAGCUAUGUCUAAACAAGUUACCACUCCAGAGGAAAUUGCUCAGGUUGCCACGAUCUCAGCUAAUGGUGAUGAAUCAGUAGGAAAAUUGAUUUCCCAAGCAAUGAACAAAGUGGGAAGGGAAGGAGUUAUUACCGUUAAAGAUGGCAAAACUUUGAUUGAUGAACUUGAGGUGAUAGAAGGCAUGAAAUUCGAUCGAGGAUAUAUUUCUCCCUACUUUAUCAAUACAGCUAAGGGAGCUAAAGUUGAAUACCAGGAUGCCUUGGUACUGUUAAGCGAAAAGAAAAUUUCGUCAAUUCAGUCAAUUAUCCCUGCUUUGGAGCUCGCUAAUCAACACCGCAAACCUCUAGUCAUUGUUGCGGAAGAUAUUGAUGGCGAAGCCCUUAGUACUCUUGUUGUCAACAGGUUGAAAAUCGGACUCCAAGUUGUCGCAGUUAAAGCCCCUGGCUUUGGGGACAACCGCAAAAACACCCUGCAUGACAUGGCAAAUGCUACCGGUGGCUUGGUCUUCGGCGAUGAGGCAAAUCUCGUUAAACUCGAAGAUAUUCAGUUGCAUGACUUUGGCCAGGUUGGAGAAGUCGUUGUUACAAAAGAUGACACUUUGUUGUUAAGAGGCAAAGGUCGUAAAGAAGACAUUGCUCAGCGGGUUGCCAUGAUCAAGGAUCAAAUUGCUGAAACCACCUCUGAAUAUGAAAAGGAAAAAUUGCAAGAACGUCUAGCUAAACUCGCGUCUGGUGUAGCUGUUCUGAAGAUUGGAGGUUCAAGCGAAGUAGAAGUAAACGAGAAGAAGGAUCGCGUCAAUGAUGCCCUUUGCGCCACCCGAGCUGCCGUAGAGGAAGGUAUCGUUCCCGGUGGUGGUACUGCCCUCCUUCGCUGUGUUCCAGCGUUGGAUAAAUUACCCUUCGCAAAUGAGGAUCAAAAAGUUGGCAUUGACAUUAUUCGCCGCGCAUUGAGGAUGCCUUGCAUGACCAUUGCCAAGAAUGCUGGGGUUGAUGCCUCAGUCGUUGUCGCCAAGGUUAUGGAUUCGGAAGCCUCGAUUGGUUACGAUGCGCUCCGAAACGAAUACGUCAACAUGAUUGAUCGCGGUAUUAUUGACCCGACGAAAGUUGUCCGAACAUCCCUUACUGAUGCUGCUGGAGUUGCGUCCCUCCUCACAACAGCCGAAUGUGUAGUUGUUGAAAUCCCUAAAGAAGAGAAGGCUGACGCUGGUAUGGGUGGUAUGGGAGGCAUGGGCGGAAUGGGUGGGAUGGGAGGCAUGGGUGGAAUGAUGUAAAGUCCCUUCAUAUCCGAGUCAGUUGUUUUGGUUCCGGCCCCAUAUGUUGCUUCCCCCUUCUCGAUUGUUGUGGUGUUGUCAAGUUGUACAGCGGUAAUUGUUGGAUACUUUCAUUCCUCGUCCUGUUUGACAUCCCAGUUUAUGCAAUCAUGUUACUGCUCGUCAAUCUUGAGUCAUUCUUCGAUCUGGAAGGAAAAUUUCAGCAAACAGCGUAGUAUUCGACAA